AGAAGUUUGUAAGUUGGCUGCGGGGAAGUCCUUGAUCUUCGUCUCAGUGUUGUUUUGCCAAUCCGACCGACCAGUAGACAACAUGAGCGCCGGCCUCUUUGUUCUGUCUACAUUACUCAUCAUAUCUAUACUUUUAUAUGAAACUACAGGCAACCCCUCUGGCUGUGAAGAGUCUAUCACAACUGUUUGGGGCCAGAAUGUUUGCAAAGGUAGAAUCAUAUUUGAAGAUAAUUUUGACAAUUUAAACGUUUGGAAGUGGAAGCCCGAGGUGAAGAUGGAUGGUCUCGGGGAGGAUCAAUUUGUUAUAUUCGACAAACAACCACAAAAUUUGUUUGUACGAGAAGGAAGACUAUUCAUUGUUCCAGAAGUUUUGGAUGAGAGGACAGUUACUAGGGGCCAGAUGGUUCUAAAAGAGUGUACUGGACAAGAAAGGACAAUUGAAUGUACAAGGUUUGCAAACUCGUUCAACAUAAUUCCUCCUGUGCGCUCUGCUAAAAUCAGCACUCAAGACUCGUUCAGUUUUCGGUACGGUAUUGUGGAAAUAAGGGCCAAACUAUCCUCAGGAGACUGGCUUAUACCACAGCUUCUACUUGACUCAACGUUCGAAGAAUAUGGAUCACUAUUGCAGUCGGGAAGAGUUCGUAUUGCAAAAAUUCAUGGAAACGAAAAUCUAUUGACAGAUGAUUCAAUACAGGAUGAGAUAGGGGUUCGACGUCUUUUCUCUGAUAUUAUUGUUCGUGAUCGAAACUCCUACAAAGGCAAUGGAGUCAAGCUUUUCCGCUCAGUUCCUUGGAGCGACGACUUCCACAUUUUCAAACUAAUCUGGCUUCCAGAUAAAAUGCUUUUCUCCGUUGAUAAUGGUGAGAACUAUGAACUAUUUCCCGAAAUAAGCACAAAUUUAAUGGAUGCUCUGAAUAGAGAUGAAAUAGAGUUAGACGAGAGCCUUAGGAGUAAUUCUUCUUACAACGCACCAUUUGACACGGAGUUUUUCCUGUCAUUGGGUGUAUCUGUGGGAAGAUGUCCAGAGUAUACAAGAGGAUUUGAUGAUCUAAGGCCAUGGUCAAGGAAGGAGAAUACCAAAGCUGUACUGAACUUCUGGCAAGACCGCACUCACUGGCACACCUCGUGGAAUGGCAAAGACACUUCUCUACAAGUUGAUUAUGUCCGAGUGACUGCUAUUUGAGCAGAACGUCUAAUAAAUGUAAAUAGAAUAAAUAAGAUGAAUAAUAACUUCAUUCAUUGAUUCUUCUACCCUCUUUACAGUCGUUAAAACUCAGCAACAGCUGAUGUGUGAAUUUUGUUUACACAACAUGGAAAAUGGAGAGGAUGUAUACAAUUCGCUAAAAGGUGCCACGUUCUUAAUUCAUCUUAUUUCAGGAUCGGUGGCAGGAAUGUUAGAAUACAGUAUAUUCUAUCCUCUGGAUACUGUAAAGGUAUAUGUCAAGUAGAAGCUAGAAUAUGAUCAAAAUUUAUUGUAGAGAGAGUAAGUUUGGAUUAGUAAUACUUGAAUCAAUGAAGGUUAUUAUUCAACUAGUGUACAUUUUCUUUGUAUAGAAACAGAUUUUUACUUAAAUAAAAGGCUUUUUUAAAACUUU